AUGAAUUUAGAGGAAGCCGGUGCCCAACGAAAGUUGGAUUUGCAAGAAUUAGAAGAGAUCCGGAACGAGGCUUACGAAAAUGCACUAAUUUAUAAGGAGAGAAGCCGGAUAUUUCAUGAUCAACAAAUUUCAAGAAAAUCCUUUGAAGUUGGUCAGAAGGUCCUACUAUACCAAUCCAGGCUCAAGCUAUUCCCAGUUGAAAUCCGGAGCGCUAAAACAGACAACAAAUUUGUGGUGAAUGGACACCGUCUCAAGCAUUACUACGAAGGAUUUUCAGGUGAAAAGGUGGAGACAAUAAGUCUAGACGCGCCACCGUGUCCUAAUCAGUGA